AUGCCCGCUGUCAGUCAUCCUGAGCUGGGCUUGGACGAGCCGCCCUCAGCUGCUCGCUCUCACCACCACUUCUCCUUCUCUCAUCUUUGCGCAGGGCUCACCUUGCUUACCGUUCUGAUCAUCUUCCGUCUGGUAGCAUGUCGUGCUCUCUCUUCUGCGACAAGCAAGAAGGACAAGGUCGUUCAGCAACACAGACCAGUUGUUGACGAUAUUAGCCAUCUGAUCAACCAGCAGCGGCUUCGUCACCUCUUUAUCCAGGACGGGGGCUGGGUAAUGGAGGAAAAAUCACGUGGAGUCAGCGGUAGCAACCAGGCUGUCGGGGUUGGAUCAGUCGGGAAACCAGGUCCGCAGGUGAAUUUCACGGCUGACGUUGAGAAGGAAUCGGGAGAGGCCAAGGCAAAAAGAAGCGGCAAUGAUGCGCCGUCGCGUGGUGGUAUGUUUGGACCAGGAUACCCUUCAGACUUGACUUCCGCCGGGUUCAUGUUGUCGAGGCCUCCGCCUCCGCCUCCCCUGACGCCUCCUGAACUGUCGCCGUCCGUUUUUAUGUACGACGAGCGCAGGAGAAGCUUCACCAGUGGCGUGUCAGAGCUAGACGCGUCCUUUUUUGAACAGCCUAACCCCGAUUACAUGUCAUUCACGUCGACAGAAGCCUCAACGACUACACAGAGCACACGUACCACGCGGUCGUCUCCAACGCCCCGGAGAAGGUCGUAUACCAAGACACUGCCCAUCGGAGUGCCAGUUUCUGCAACGGGUCCCAUACUUGAAGAGGCCGAGUUGACCUUUUCUCCGUCGUCAUAUCCGCCUACUUCCCCGCUGCUGCCGGGUCCUCCUCCCAUCCACGGCGAGGUCCGCUACGACGAGGCGACGAAUCGGGAGAUCCUAGUGCAAGGCGAGAUCAUCUCUCUUCUCGAUGAUGCUGGGGCAGGAUGGAAACGUCACACGAGGGUGUACGGAGGCGGCGUCUGCCUCGCCUGCGCAGCAUCCGGCGACGAUGGUCACCACGGCGGUUUCUACGGGGAGAAUGUCUUGCCAGAGGAGAAGCGGUACUGA